AUGGCUGGCUCUUUCACACGUAUGAUCGCCGGACGCAACGGGGCUGUGCUGUUGGCCAGCCUGGGCGCGGGAACCAUGGCGACUGGUUUCCUGAUGAGUGAUAACCCCCUAGCUGCUGAGGUCAGGACAAAGCUCUACCCCCCCAGCUCUGAUUUCCCCGACCUGAGAAAACACAACAACUGCAUGGCCAAGGCUCUGACUCCGGCCAUUUACGGCAGACUGAGGGACAAGAUCACCCCCAACAACUGGACCCUGGACCAGUGCAUCCAAACCGGAGUGGACAACCCCGGACACCCUUUCAUCAAGACCGUGGGCUGUGUGGCUGGUGAUGAGGAGAGCUACGAGGUGUUCUCUGAACUCUUUGACCCCAUCAUCAAAGACAGGCACAACGGCUACGACCCCACCACCAUGACUCACCCCACUGACCUGGACGCCUCCAAGGUGUUUACACCACUGCAUGAGCCCUGCAUCCACCUGCUGUUCUUUAAUGUAUUAAAACUAUUUUUCUUUCUCGCCUCUUUCUCCAACCUCCAGAUAACCAAUGGCGUGUUUGACGACAAAUACGUCCUGUCGUCCCGUGUCCGCACUGGGCGCAGUAUCCGCGGGCUGAGCCUCCCCCCCGCCUGCUCCAGGGCGGAGCGCCGUGAGGUGGAGCGGGUGGUGGUGAUGGCCCUGGCCGGCCUGAAGGGAGACCUGGCCGGACGCUACUACGGCCUGCAAGACCUGACAGACAAGGAGCAGCAGCAGCUCAUUGACGACCACUUCCUGUUUGACAAGCCUGUCUCUCCUCUGUUGACAUGUGCCUUUAUGGCCAGAGACUGGCCUGACGCCAGGGGCAUCUGGCACAACAAUGAGAAGACCUUCCUGAUCUGGGUGAAUGAGGAGGACCACACCAGAGUCAUCUCCAUGGAGAAGGGAGGCAACAUGAAGAGAGUGUUUGAGAGAUUCUGCAGAGGACUCAAACAGGUGGAACAGCUGAUCCAGGAGAGAGGCUGGGAGUUCAUGUGGAACGAGCGUCUGGGAUACAUCCUCACAUGUCCCUCCAACCUGGGCACUGGACUCAGGGCUGGCGUGCACGUGCGCCUGCCAAAUCUCAGCAAGGACACACGUUUCUCCAAGAUCCUCGACAACCUGCGGCUGCAGAAAAGAGGCACAGGUGGAGUGGACACAGCUGCCACUGGAGACACCUUUGACAUUUCCAACAACGACCGUCUGGGCAAAUCUGAGGUGGAGCUUGUCCAGAUGUUGGUGGAUGGCGUCAACUACCUGAUUGAAUGUGAGAAGAAGAUGGAGAAGGGACAGGACAUCAAAGUCCCGUCUCCCGUCACCCAGUUCAGGAAGUAAAAAGCUCAACUCAUCACAGCACCGGUGUUAGUGGGGGGGCUCUCUGCUCCGAGCUCCCCCCAAACCUCAGAGACGUCUGAUUGCAAAUCUUUAUGAUAACCUAAUUUUAGUCAUGGACUGCAGUUAGGGGGGAUUCUACCUCAAGUUCCAGGUCAUCACUAUUCCUGACUUCAAUAAAAACAAUAAUAAACA